CCUCUCCGUAGCUGGGAGGCCCUCGAAGCGGAGGGUCAGUGCCGCGGUGGAUUGUGGGCCUCUUUCUUUCCUUCUUGGGAUCCGCGGACGGCACGAUGGGCAAGUGUCGUGGGCUUCGUACCGCCAGGAAGCUGCGCAGUCACCGACGUGAUCAGAAGUGGCAUGACAAGCAAUACAAGAAGGCCCAUCUGGGUACCGCUUUGAAGGCCAACCCUUUUGGGGGAGCUUCCCAUGCCAAAGGAAUCGUCCUGGAAAAAGUUGGUGUAGAGGCUAAGCAGCCAAAUUCUGCUAUCAGAAAGUGUGUCCGGGUCCAGCUAAUCAAGAACGGCAAGAAAAUAACAGCUUUUGUUCCUAAUGAUGGUUGUUUGAACUUCAUUGAGGAGAAUGAUGAGGUUCUGGUUGCUGGUUUUGGUCGAAAGGGUCAUGCUGUUGGUGACAUUCCUGGAGUUCGUUUCAAGGUUGUCAAAGUAGCAAAUGUUUCUCUGCUAGCCUUGUACAAAGGCAAAAAGGAGAGACCCAGAUCAUAAACUUCUCUUUUGUUAUGAAGAUGAUCAAUAAAGUUUUCUCCUAAGAAA